GUGACUUACGAAGAACGAGACGAGAAUGAAUUUCGAGCGACUUAGAUGAUGUUCGGCUGAAAAAAUUCGAUGGAAUAUUUGUUGCCAACACGACCCAUGGCCAAGUUACGAAGGGAGAAAAUUUGGCGCUGGCGGUGCCAAUGGAGUGUGGUCACCAUCACAGCUAUAGCUCUCGUGAUAUACAAUGCAGCGGCCAACGUGUGGUUACUGCGCCCGCAGCCGUGCCCCGUGGUUAGCACACCGCCCUUACCAACCGAAACGUUGACUUGCGAGCCAUGCAUUGAUACAGCCCCCAAUGCUGCUCUAGACGACGACCCUAUAUCCAGACUAGAUCUUAGACUCGGCAGGUGGGAUGGAUCAAGGUCUUUCCGAAUGUUUGACUACGCAACCGUUGGAGAUAUGUACGCAGAAAUAUCAGGCAAUCGGCGAGUAUGUUUAGCUACACAGAGCUCUAUAGAAAGGCUACAUGAAUUGUUGCGAAUAGCAGCUCACUGGUCCGGGCCUAUAUCUGUUGCUGUAUUUGUUGCUGGAGAUGAGUUGAGGCUCUUGAGGGCAUUUGCUACUUGGUUGUUCCGUUGUCAACCAGAAAUAUACUCCCGAUUGGCGCUCCAUGCCGCCACUCCAGCUGAAAGACCAGGGACGCAUGGAAAUAUGCCUAAUUGGGCGAAGAAUUGUGAAGCGAUGCCAUUACCACCGGGCGAAAGACGAGCCGAUACAGUCGCUUGGAGGGCAAGACAUCCAUACCCACAAAAUCAUUUGCGGAAUCUAGCAAGAAGGAACUGCCAAACACCUUAUGUUUUCCUAGUUGAUGUGGACAUCGUGCCUUCAAAGGGUAUGGCAGAAUCAUUGGACAAGUUCCUGGCGAAGGCUCCCAAGUGCCCGUUGUGUGCUUACGUGGUGCCCACUUAUGAACUAGAUAGAAGAGUAGCAAAUUUUCCAACAAACAAGUCAGAAUUAUUGAGAUUAUCAAGGAAGAAGUUAGCCAUACCUUUCCAUCGGAAAGUGUUUAUUUACAACCAAUAUGCUUCGAAUUUUUCAAGAUGGGAGGCGAGUGGAGGCAACGAGAGUUUGGACACACAUGUCAGCCACAACGUGACCAACUUCGAGUUGCUGUAUGAACCAUUCUACGUGGCCCCUGACACAGUUCCUGCCCAUGACGAACGCUUCCUGGGCUACGGGUUCACUAGGAACACUCAGGUAUAUGAAAUGUUCUUAAUUGGUUAUCAAUUUCGGGUGCUAUCACCAAUCUUCACCAUCCACUGGGGGCUCCAAGCACGGAGGUCCCGCCCUCUUUGGAGGGAGAAACAGAAUGAAAAGAAUCGGAAGCACUUUGAAACCUUCAAGAGGGAGUUAUUCGCGAGGUAUCGAAGAGAUCCCCUUCAUCUUUUAAGGAAACCACCUCAGGCCAAGAAAACAUAGGCAUCGCAAGGCCGUGCGACUAGUCUUGCCGGCCUGUUAAGUUUGUCAAUAUUUGUCAGAUGUUUCUGACAUCGGGUGGACUUUUAAAGUAUUGUGAACCUUAUGCCGUUGUGAUAAGUAUAGUAGUGUCGAAUUGAGAAAGAUACCUAUAUCAUAGUAUAUAUUAUAUUGUAAACUCGCAGUAGUAAAAGAAUGAAGUGGGAAUGCUAUGGACAACAAAAGUGUUGUCCUUUUUCUGUAAAUAAUUAUC